AUGUCAUUGCGGCGCUGUUGCAGGUGCACCCGCGCAAUCGCCCGAGCGUGGACCAGCUUCUUCAGAUGCCUCAAAUGCUACGGCACUCCGGCGGGCUACGCGAGGACGACCAUGAUCCUUUUGGAAGAGAGGGAGGGAGAGAGAGAGAGAGAGAGAGAGAGAGAGAGAGCGAAGUUCCACCCGAGCUCGAUGGUUCUUCCUUGUGGGUACCACCCACAACUAUGUUCUUGA